AUGCCUUCCCUUACUGUAAAUAAUGACCGCUUUCCUCCAGAAGUUCUAGAACGAAUAUUUCAAAUCAUUUACGGGCUUCGUGGACAUUAUCGUAAUGCUACUUCAAUCGGUACCCUCUAUAAUUGUCUUUUGGUCUGCAAGAAUUGGUGUAAAUGUGCUGUACCUAUUUUAUGGUCUGAUACUUUUUACCCUAUUCAGACUAUAAAAAUUGAAGUAAUUUCUACAUAUAUGUUGUCUUUGGAGGAUGAAAAUUUAAAAGAGAUCGAACGAGCUGGUAUUAGAUUGGACAAGGCCGGAAUUUUUGUGGAUUCUGAGAAUGAUCCUAUUGAGUGGGAAAGAUCUGAAAAUUUGGAAAUGUUGAGACUUGAACGAGAAAAGUUAGAAAAGAUUAAAAAAGAAGAAUUGGAAAAAAUGAGAUCAGAAAAGAAUUCGGAUACUCAGAAUAGAUUGGAUAGUGUAGAAAUCUUGAGAAAGCCGAUGUUUGAUUAUCCUGUCUAUCUAAAAGAGUUGAAUUUCGAUAAAUUGUUGAAAAUGAUAUUUGUUUGGUGUAACAAAUAUCGAGGUCCCGUUAAACCGAAUUUUUGCGAUACGAAUUCUGAUAAUUUUCAACAAAAGAAGUCUACAUUCCCCGAACUUGACAACUUUCCUGGUCUUACGUUCUUUGAAACUACUUUUAAGGAUCAAGCUUCCCUAUCUGAAAGCAAAAUUUCUCCUCAAACGAAUUCUAUAACUUUUCCUGUAAAUUCCACUAAGUCGACUUCUGCAAAUUUUAACGAAUCGACUUUUGCAAAUUCUACUACAUCAAUUUCUCCUACAAAUCCCACUUAUUCAAACAACAAACAUGAAUUAGUAUUGAAAUCCCUUUUAAAAUUAUUCGCUGACAAACGAGCUCCGAUAACACACUUCUCCAUGAGUAACGUGCCUACCUUAUUACUUAACGACAAUUACUUUGAAAAUUUAAGAGCAAUAAAUUUUGGUGCGGUGCUGAUGGAUACGAGUAUGCGACCGUUAUUUGAAGGUAUUCGGUAUAUGAAUUUAGAAUGGGAUGCAUUUACGUUAGAUGGAUUUUUGUACGCUCUUGGGAAUGUUUGCAAAAAUUUGGAUUCCUUAUCAACAAACUUUGCACAUGAUCCAGCAGCUGCCUCUCUAUUUCUAAACAAACAACAAGCCACUGAUCUAGCGAUAUUUAUUUGUUCUCAAACACGUCUAUCCUCUUUCAUUCUCCAAAAUUACCAAUAUUUCACGAAUUACUUUUUGGAAUCUUUAAAUACUCAAAUUAAUUCUCUAAAACGACUCGAAUUUUACGCAGUAGAUUUUGAAGGUUGUAUUUUUGAAGUGGUGGCAAGUUGUAAACAAUUAGAAUAUUUAAGUAUUAUCGAAUGUAUGAAUAUUACUUUCGAAAUGUGUGUACCAUUAUUUUAUACUAAAUUUUCGAGACUAAAACGAGUUGAGGUUAUGGAUUGUAGUAGAUUUAUUGAAAAAAGAGUAAUAUAUGAUGAGGAUGAUUUUGAAAUUCUCCAAGAGAAAUAUGAUAUAGAUAGUGAUGACGAUGAUUAUUUUAGAAUAGAUUCAUUAUCUAUGCCUUCAAUACGGAAUGGUGGUGUAAGUGAGCACAUAACUGUAUUAGCACUUAGAAGGGAUCCAUCAAUGGAGUACCAUACUUUUAAAACUUCAACAAUUUUAUUAAAACCAACGUCUUCUUCUCGAGAUGAAUAUAUUUAUUCAAAAUUCGAUCGGAAAAUACCUGCUUCAACAAAACAUCACAUAUUGCUACAUUCCACCGAUCCAAAUUUCUCGACAUCACUUCCUAUAGAACUCCUUAGUUGGGCUCAUUCAAAAAAUCACCCUGUUCCAUGGUAUCAUUUUGAUCUCUCUCUUUCUAAUAUUCUUUCUUAUUUUACCUUUGAGAAUAUAAGAGAUUUCUUUAAAAUGUUAUAUUAUCCUUCUCCUUGA